AUGCCGUACAUGCCGUACACGCACUUCGCCGUACAUGUCGUCAUCACGUCGUUUGGAGAGAAGGUUUGGUCCGUACGUCCCCUCACUCGGGAGCUCUGUGAGUACGCCGCCGUAGAUGUACGAUAUCUGCACCUGCUGGCGGAGGCACUCAGUCCGAGGAUGAACCGGGAGCUGGCGGACAAGGUCCUCCGAGAAAGCGCCCGCCGUACGACUGCAACCUUGAUGUCGAACAACAAGGACUUGCGCGCAGCGGCGCCCGUCAUGAUUGUACGAUAUCAAUCGUCACCGUCAUCCACGUCAUCUGGAUCUACGAGCUCUGCAGGCGGCCGCGUCUCAAACACGUCGCGGCCGGUACCCGCUAGCGGUGGCGGCGGCGGUGGCAGCCGUUACGUGUCGCCGCGCAUGGGCCUUAUGGAGUGGCUGACAGCGGCGCUGUUGCUGCGGUACGACAGGCACGGUCUGACGGUUUCGGAGCCACUUUCGCUGCGGCCAGCAGCGCAGGUGGCAGUGGCGGCGGUUGCGGCGGCGGAGGCGGAAGCGAAAGCGGAUUCGCCAGCGGCCGUACCGUCAACACUUCCACCGCCUCAGCGGCAGCUGUUGGCGGCGACGGAGGUACCACGUCUUCAUCCUGUUGCUUCAAUCUUCCUUGACGGCGGCGCCGACGACCCACAAACGCCAACUCCGCCAGGAGCAGUAGCGGCGGUAGCAGCAGCAGCAGUGACGUCAACACCAUCAAGCCCACCACCACUACUACCAGUCACCUCACAGCAACAGCAAACGACCUCGGCGUCGUCGUCAGCGGCGGCCGUGAACCCAACAGAAUCGGCAGUAGCAGUAGCUGCGCCAGCAGCAGCCGCCACAUCAGCUACACCCGCCCCAAGGGGAUUCCCACCAAUGGAAACGGAACUGGCGGCUGACCAUGCAGCAGUAGCAUCAGCACCACCAGCAACAGGUGUAUUAGUUUCAUCGUUGGCGGGCACUAUCGACAGUCAAUUACAGCCGGCGGCGGCGGCGCUGGCGGCGCCGGCACCGGCGGUGACGGCACCGGCGGCUGCACGAUCCUCACUUACCGACAUUGUUGUGGACGGCUCGGUGAUGGACCAGCAGCAAGCAUCCCUGUCCUUCCCGACCUUCCCCGGGGGUGGAGCAGCGGCAGUAGCACCGUCUGGGGCUGUUGUAGCUAUGGAGCCAGCGGCGGUGGCGGCGGCGGCGGCAGCGGCAGCAUGUUCCGAUAGGCACCCGGUGAUGGGUCGCCCGGCCACGGCGGCUGCUCUGUCUCCGCUGUGGCUGGAUCUCCGUACAAAGUACGAAUGCGUGGAUGCCGACGAGGAGCAGAAGCUAGCGCGCCUAGCGGCUGUGUGGCUGCUGCUGAGCCAGCAGGGCCUUGUGAAGCAGGCCACAGGGCCGGGAGCCCUAGGACGGCGAGAUCCCGGAUUGUGCUGGCUGCUGCGUUGA